AAAAAGAAAAAAGGAUCCGUCGUCUUCGUCGUCGUUGUUGACCCCCUUUCAGCCAUUAAAAUCCAUUUCCUUGCAAUCUCCUCCCUUCACCAAACCCCAUCCUCUUGUUUCCUUCCUAGCUCUGAAAGAUCCGGCCUUUUCACGACCAGGUCGUGUAUCUAACCUCUUCUCAGACCUCAAAGCUUCCUCCUUUCGGGAUCCUAUGGAAUCUCAAGACGACGUCACCAAUCAAACCCCAUCUCCAUCGUGCAACCUCUGCGGAAGACUCAUCCCUGAAUCCACCACCGCCCCCGACGAUCUCGAAAUCUUCAGCUUAUGCGGAGACUGCAAGUUCCUCCUCCUCCAAGACUUCGGCACCACCCCUCCUCCCUUGACCCGUCGCCAAACAUCUCGGAGAAGAAGGAUGAGGAUGAGAAGGAGGAGAAGCAGCAGCAGCAGGCAAGGGAGCUCCUCCGAAUCCGUCGCCGAUCAACAACAGCAGCAGUUCACCCAUCUGAUAAGCAUCGCAAGACAGAGCCUCCAAGGUAAUGAAACCAGCUCUCACGCGACACCAGACGGUUCAGCGAGAUGGAGGGUCUUGUCCGAAUCCGAAAGCGAAGAUCUUGAUAACUUGUCGAACGCUAGCUUUAGCCUCUACAGGUUCUCUUCGCUUGGUAGUGCUUACGGUGGUGAGUCUGAUGCUGCUUCCACCGACAUUGAGUUUGACACUGAUAUCGACCCUAUGCACGCUGGUCUGAACCAGUGGAUCUCAGACGACGAAGACAGAGAAUGGGAGGAGGAAGGAGCAAGGCAUAGUAGAACUCCAAGUGAGAGCAACAGCUCCGUGACUCGGUUUGAUUCACUUGACUUAGAGAGAACCUUCCGUCAAAGAAUCAUAGAGAGGAGACAAGCGUUAUCUCGCAACAUCUUCACUGGUCUGGAAGAUUUGGAGUUCUCUCGCUACCCUGGAAACGUUGCUGACUAUCUCGACGAGAGAGGCUUUGAGGAGCUCCUUGAGCAGCUUGCUGACUCCGACAACUCGAGAAGAGGUGCGCCGCCUGCUUCUAUGUCCUGUGUCAGGAAUCUUCCGAGGGUUAUCAUCCGAGAGGAGGGGCUAGAUUGUGCGGUCUGCAAGGAGGUUUUCUCACUCGGUAAUGAGACCACGCAGCUUCCUUGUCUCCAUCUGUACCAUCCCCAUUGUAUUGUGCCUUGGCUUAGUGCUCGUAACUCCUGCCCGCUGUGCCGGUACGAGCUUCCGACGGAUGAUAAAGACUACGAAGACCGGAAGCAGAACGUGGUGGAUGUGGUGAGCGAGGAUAGCUCUUCUGAUGAUGAUGGCACAGAAGGUGGGGAAGAGGAGGAUCAUGAUGUAGUGAGAGGUGAGAGUGAGGCUGGUGUGAGGAGUGUUAGCAGAGGAAGAUGGCUGUUUCUGGCUGCUGCACCUGUUGUGAGUCUGGUUGGGGUUGUGUUGGCAAUGUGGCUUAGCAACCCACAGAGGAGGAAUAUAGUAUUCUCUCAUAGCCAACGAGGGAACAGGAGCAGAAGAUGGUUGCCGUUUUUUUGACAGCAAGUUCCAGUUGUUGUUCCAGAAUGUGUAUUAUUAUUACAGACCCUAAGAUGUUUGAGUUUUUUUUUUGUUUGUUUCUGGAUAUUGACUUGUGUUGUUGUUUCCACAUGUUAGUUUAAUGGAAAGCUUAACCAAAGUUGUGUUGUGUGUUG